CAAGCGUGUGUUAUGUAACAUCAGCUUAGUUCAGUCAGAUCAGCAUCAUCGCUCGAGACAAGUCGGUGACCGCCCACCAAAGUUUCAAGUUUGCCUUCCACAGUCACUAUGAACAUUUUGAAGCAGCUGUCAGGACUGAUUCUUCGACCCUCAGCUAAUCUCGGGACGUGCACGAUGCCUCUGUACGAGCCGACGGCAGCCACGCAGCGUGCCACGUUCGGCAUGUCGUGAUUCUGGUUCCCGGAGGCGCAGUUUGGCUGCGCCCCCGGGGUAGUGCGCACCCGAGUCGGCUACUCGGGCGGCACCAAACGCUGCCCGAGCUACUACGACCUUGGUGAUCACACGGAGACGACCGACAUCGAGUUCGAUCCGCAGCAGACCAGCUACGAGGCGCUGCUGGGCAUGUUCUGGCGCAACCACGACUGCACAGCGCGCUGCAGCCGGCAGUACAUGUCGGCCAUUUUCUACCAUGACGAGGAGCAGAAGGCGCUGGCCGAGCGGACCAUGAAGGAGCAGGCUUCCCGGCAGACCAAGAACAUCACCACUAAAAUCCUGCCGGCCGGGGAGUUCACAGAGGCAGAGGACUACCAUCAAAAGUACCUGCUGCAGAAGCACGGCGCGCUGCUCUCCUCCCUGGACAUCGAGCCCGGUGACGACCUCAUCAAGUCACACGUGGCCGCCAGACUCAACGGCUAUGUGGGCGGCUACGGCAAGCUGCAGGACUUUGACGCCGAGUGGGAGCGACUAGGGCUCAACAAUCAGAUGGCCGAGUACGUGCGUAAUAUAAUUCGCACGCAGCGCCGGUAGGGGCGCCCCGCGAGCCCGGGGACCGGCGCGGAGCGACACGGGCCGCGGCCGGCACAGGCGGAGAGCCCCGCCGGGCGGACCGCGGCGCGCGCGGCGUAUGACGGCGGCUGCUGGAACCCGAGCUUCGGGAGGCGGCCGUCAGAGGGUACUGCGCGCGCCGCGGCCGCCCGACGGACUCGCCAGCCUGGUCCGGCCGCGGCCCGAACUGCUCCAUGUCUAUGGUCUGCUGUCGGAGGACGCUGGAAACUCCGUGGAGGCUAGAUGGCGUCGCAAAAUAAAUGUAUGCCUAUUGCGCGAUGCUAGUUCACAUAAUUAUGUUUACUGAGUUCGGAGAUUCAAAUAGUCUGUAGUGGUUCACCGACGGUUGUGAUAAUGCAGGAGUUUUCAGUACGCCCCGGAUUGGUGAAUAUGACAAUAAUUGUCGCUAUCAGGUGAUCCACUCUGGAAAUGAUAUUGCCGCACGUGACACACGAUACUAGUUUACAAAUAUACCGUAUAGAAUGUUA